AUGAUGAGGGUGCCAUGGAUUUCUUGUUUAUUCUUUGCCUUUUUUGUCAUCUUAUUUUGCUACUCAUCCUCUGCCCAGCCUUUUGACUACCCAACUGCAAAUCUUUCCACCACAUGGACCAACGACGAAUCUGCACCCCACUCCAUAAAUUUCACCGAUGGCUCAAGGGUUAGAUCCAUCCUCCUUAGAGGAACCUAUGGACACAAAUUCGCCUGUGGCUUCUUCUGUAAUGGAACCUGCACCUCUUACCUUUUUGCAAUCUUCAUUGUUCAAACCAAUAGUGUGUCCAAUAUCGUUGCACCCGGUAUAGCGUUUCCUCAAGUCGUUUGGUCAGCCAACCGAGACUAUCCGGUUGGGAUUGGUGCAACAUUAAAUCUCACAGCAUCUGGAGAAUUGGUCUUACAGGAUGUUGAUGGAAGCAUAGCUUGGACUACCAACACUACCAAGAAAUCUGUUGUUGGCAUGAACUUAACAGAUAUCGGAAACCUGUUGUUGUUUGAUGUCGAUGGUAAGGUGGUUUGGCAAUCUUUUGACCACCCAACAGACUGUUUGGUACUAGGCCAAAAAUUGUUUCAAGGACAGAAGUUGAUACCUAGUGUUUCAUCAACCAAUUGGACGACUCAAAAAGGUAUGUACUCUCUUCAAGUCACGAAUCAAGGUUUGUUUGCUUCUGUUGAAUCAAACCCACCUCAAAUCUACGAUGAUGGCUUGGUCACUCGCACAAAUCCAAAUAAAGAACGAAGUUAUGUUAGGUUCUUGAAUGGGAGUUUGUCGUACUUCAUUGUUUCUACCGAGCCAAGUGAUCCUGACAUGUGGAUUCCUAUACCUCAAGCAUCAUCGGUGCAGUAUAUGAAGCUAAUGCCAGAUGGGCAUUUAAAAGUGUUUGAAUGGCAAAACAGGUGGAUAGUGUUGGCCGAUCUACUUACAGGUCCUCUUGGAGAGUGUGGUUAUCCUUUGGCUUGUGGGAGAAAUGCCCUUUGCUCGGGUAAUCAACAAUGUAGUUGUCCAGUAUCGACCUCGCCCAGGAAAGAAUAUUUCAGACCAAUGAACGAUCUGCAACCCAACUUGGGUUGCACAGAAAUUACUCCUCUCUCAUGUAAUUCUACCCAAGAUCAAGAUUUUAUUGCACUCACGAAUGUUGAAUACGUCACUUUUGUUGCAAACAUGGAGACGGUGAAUAUAGAGGUUUGCAAACAAGCGUGUAUGAAGAAUUGUUCGUGCAAAGCAGCUAUAUUUCAUUAUGGUUCGAAUUCUUCAAGGGGAGAUUGUUAUUUACCUUCUGAACUCUUUACGGUGACAAGUAUUGAUCCAGAUGUAAUUCAUUACAAUUCUUCAGCUUUCUUAAAAGUCCAAAAUAUAAGGCCACCUCCUUCAUCUACAUCCGAAAGUCCUAGUCCAUUAGCAAAAAGAAAAAAUCGAGUUGCAACAGUUCUAGGUUCCACAAUUGGAAGUAUUGUGCUUCUGCUUAUUGUGGUCAUAGGAUUUGUUAUUUUUGUAGUUCACAAACGUAAGAUGAAAGCUGAAAUGGAGGAAGAGUAUUUAGAUCAAGUACCAGGAAUGCCUACUCGGUUUUCCUAUGAAGAACUGAAAACUGCCACAGAGUGUUUUUGUAAAAAACUUGGUCAAGGAGGAUUUGGAUCAGUUUACGAAGGGACACUCACAGAUGGCUCCAAGAUUGCAGUCAAAUGUCUAGAGGGCCUUACGCAGGUUAAGAAAUCUUUCCUAGCUGAGGUCGAAUCUAUUGGUAGCAUUCACCAUGUGAAUCUAGUUAGACUUCGAGGAUUUUGUGCUUGGAAGUCGCAACGACUUCUCGUUUAUGAGUUCAUGAGUAACGGAUCACUAGAUCGGUGGAUCUACCAAGGAGAUCGAAAGCACGUACUCAAAUGGGAAUGCAGAAAGAAAAUUGUUCUUGAUAUAGCCAAAGGGUUAGCAUAUCUCCAUGAAGAUUGUAGGCAAAAGAUCAUCCACCUUGAUAUUAAACCUCAAAACAUACUCCUAGACAGUGAUUUCAAUGCCAAAGUAUCUGACUUUGGGCUGUCUAAACUCAUCGACAGAAAUCAAACCCAAGUGAUAACUACCAUGAGAGGAACUCCCGGCUAUUUAGCUCCAGAAUGGUUGAGUUCAAUUAUCACUGAAAAGGUAGAUGUAUACAGCUUUGGUAUCGUUCUCUUGGAGAUCUUGUGUGGGAGAAAGAAUUUUGAUAGAUCUCAACCGGAAGAAAGUUGGCACUUGCUUGGUGUCUUUCAGAAAGGAUGGGAACAAGGGAAUUUGUUAGAUAUAGUUGAUAAAUAUAGUGACGAUAUGCAGGCACACGUUGAAGAAGUGGUGGAGAUGAUGAAAGUGGCUUCCUGGUGUUUACAGAAUGAUUUCACGAGAAGGCCUUCAAUGUCAACUGUUGUUAAGGUGUUAGAGGGAGUAAUGAAUGUUGAAUCAAACUUAGAUUACAACUUCUCACAUCCAAGUAUGCAAAAAACAACAGUUGGACAUGAGAAAGAUUUGACACCAUUGUUACCUUCUAUUCUAUCAGGGCCAAGGUGAGCAGCAGCAAUGAUGUAGUUGUAUAUCACUUAUAUGUUCCCUUUUAAUACUAGUAUAUUUCCUAUUUCAAGAUC